AUGGUUAUGAAGCUUCCUCUUUUCAUAUGUUUCAUCGUCACAUUCACUUUCUCAUGUUCAUCGGAAACCACCUUCUCCGGCAACAUAAAGUGGUGGUGCGGCCAAACUCCACACUAUCAGACAUGUGAUUACUAUCUCAGCCACCGUAACUUCUCCACCAUUGCCUCUUUAUCAACUACCGAGUUCCUAGAGAUGUCUGUGCAAGUAGCCAUAGAUGAAGCACUCGUGGUUCGGAAACGAGCCCAUGAGAUCGAGUCCAAGUACCCAAAUGUUCCAGGAAAAGGCUUAUGGUCGAGUUGUGUUGACUACUUUGAUGCGAUCGUGUUCACACUUAACUCAGUCUUUGAUCGUAACCUUGACCCGUUGCCACUCGAUAUCCAAACAUGGAUCAGUGCUGCCUUUGCCUAUAUCAAUGCAUGCGAAGAAGGGUUCGAGUUGAUCAAUAUGACCAACACCAUUCUACCCGCUAUUUCUAGCAAUUUGACAGAACUAAUACUCAACUCUUUGGCUAUUAGUGUUGUAUAUAGGGGUCGUAACACUCCUGGGUUCGUAGAUUGGAAUUAUCCAAACGAAUAUAAGUUGUCGAACAAUUUGGCAUCAAACGGGCCAAAUGUGGUGGUGGCUCAAGAUGGCUCGGGAGAUUUUACGACGGUUCAAGCCGCUGUAAACGCUGCUGCGAAUAGAGCACAACCCAUGAAGAGGUUUGUGAUUUAUGUGAAGGCCGGGACAUACACAGAAAACGUUGUGAUUCCAGAUGAAGUUGGGUAUAUUACGAUGUAUGGAGACGGAAUAGGUAAAACGAUCAUCACCGGUUCCAGGCAUGCAGGUGGUGACGCCCUAAAAACAACAAUGGCUGGUGACUUGAAAAGUACAGCAACAAUUCAGGUAUGGGGCCGCGAAUUCAUCGCUCGAGACAUGACGUUCCGGAACACGGCCGGGCCAUACGCAGGGCAAGCGUUGGCAUUCUUCUCCGUCUCCGACCAAUCAGUCCUCUACCACUGCAGCUUCGAGGGGUACCAAGACACACUCUACGCGUGUGGAAAUAAACAAUUCUACAAAGAAUGCCAGAUCUACGGAACCGUAGAUUUCAUUUUCGGCGAUGCUGCAGCCGUUUUCCAAGAUUGCGGGAUCUUCCUUCGGAGACCACGUCCAGGAGGUGGCUUAGUGGUGACGGCUAAUGGUCGAAAGUCCCAUAACGAGUCCUCCGGGUAUUCAUUGCAAGGCUGUAAAAUAACUGCGGGUGAUGAUCUUAAGCCCGUGAUCGGUCAGUACAAGAAGGCGUUCCUGGGACGACCAUGGGGUGCGUACGCGAAGACCGUUUUUAUGGAGAAUUACCUUGAUGACUUGAUCGAUCCACAAGGGUGGAUGGAUAGUUGGGGUAACAAGGACACUUGUUAUUGUGGUGAGUACAAGAAUUAUGGACCCGGAUCGUCUACGGCUAAUCGGGUCAAAUGGCGUAGUUUCCAUAAAAUUACGAACCAGAAGAGCGCACGUCGAUUUACAGUUGGCAAGUUGUUGUCAGGGAACCAUUGGCUUCCUAAAACUGGGGUGCCUUAUAUAGCUGGUUUUGAGAACUAA